AUGACUGCAAUGAUUUGAAAUUUGGCGGAUAUUGAUAAAGGCUCCGUACUAUGAAGUUGUGCCUCAAAAUUUGAGUUGUGCUUAUUAUUUCUGGGUUAGGCCGAGAACUUAUUGAUCACCCCUCGUAAGUUCAAACAACACAAAAACCCUAAGGCUAAAGUGGCGGGAUAAUGAGAAGACUCAUCUGUUGUUUCUCCCUGUCACAGUCUACUUUCUUGGAAAGGAUCUAUAGUGGUUGGAUGGGUGCGUCUGCAUUCGUCACGUGAUUUCCACGGAAAUUAUCUCCUCUCAUUUGUAUGUAAAAGAACGUAAGGUAUGCAUUUUGACGGUACAUAGACCGGUCAAACAUGUAGUCUCCUUCGCAGACAUUUUUGUAGGGAGAGCUGAUUCGCAAUUUUCAACAAGGGACACGUUUUCUACGGCCGGGAUAUUACACUAGUUCAAAUUUAUUCGAAGCAGUCACCUCUGCUACUACAGCCAUGGGACAACGCUACAAGUAUUCCAUCCUCCUCUUCACCGUGUUGUGCUUGUUAGCAGGGACCCUACAUGUCAGUUACCUAAAAGGUGAUAUCGUGGAUCUGGCGGAACCACUAGCACGUUUGAAGAACUUCCUGCAAACGUCGUCAUCAGCGGCCAAAUCGAUACCACCGCCGCCUCUGCAAGCUUCGUUCCCUUGGUUGCAGUGCGAAGGAGGAAGAGAGAGAAAACACAUCGCUUACCCGAAAAACCACAAAGUCGGAGGAAGUACUCUAUUCUCCAUCCUCAGUCGUUAUGCGUACACCAAAAAGCUAAACGUUAUCAUUCCACGCCCGUUUCUCCUGAGUAGGAUGUACCCUUACACACUUUACCCUGAAUAUUACAUGCCGCCUCCUCACAACCAAACAUUUGAGAUAUCCAUGCACCACACAGUGUAUAACAGAACACGGUUUCCACAAAUCAUGCCAAAAGACACGGCAUAUGUCACCAUAGUUCGAAAACCUUUAUACCACCUGAUAUCAGCCUGGAAUGCGUACAGCUACGGGGAAAAGUUUGGCUUGUCAAAAACUAAGAAUCCCAUCGCAACGUUUUUGGCCGACCCCAAAAAAUACGAUCGCCAUUGCGGACACGGUAUACAUGUACCGCUUUGCCUCACCCAAAAUUCUAUAUCUGUGGAUCUCGGAUUUCUUCCCAGUGACAACGAAAAGGUAACGUUAGGUUCAGAUCCUGGAAGGAGAGAGGACAUCAUGAAAACGUUCGUACGGACGGUUGACCAAGACUUCGACCUGGUAAUGCUCACAGAAUAUUAUGACGAGUCUCUUGUUCUACUAAAACGCUUGAUGUGUUGGUCUGUACGGGACAUACUUUACAUAAAAGCUGAGAAUGUCAGGAAAGCCAACGUUGUAGAGAUUGAACUUUCCCCCGAGCUAAAACAGAAUCACAAGGAAUGGAGCUACGUGGACUACGCACUGUACGACCACUUUAACAAAGCACUUUGGAGAAGGAUAAACUCAAGCGGUAACGACUACUGGGGAGAAGUUCGUUAUUUUAAAAGUUUGAAUAUCCAGAUACGUAAUCAUUGCCAGGUCCAGGACCCGUGUUCUUUGGACAGGAAACCCCCUUUAGUGGUCAACAGUACAAGAUGGGGUCCUGGGUUUGUUGUUGACAGCGAUCUUUGCUUGUUGUUGAGAAGAGAUAUUUACUGUCGUGUUGAUAUUCAGGCUGAGCGUGUUGGAAAAUCGCUGUGGUUGACAAAGAGUAACAGAAGUGUUUACAGUCGCGGCGACACUGGACGUAAAUAUAGAUACGGCAAUAUAUUGCCCGUUGUGGAACAGCACUGUGUAUAUUGUACACGACUGGGUCAGUGUGAAAACCUGGACACUUUGGGUCACUUUCGCCGAGAUGGGUACAUCAGCGAGGAGGUCUACCAGAUGACAAGGAAACGGCUGUGCAAGAAACAGACGAAACGUGCCUAGAUAAAAAGGAACUCUCAUACAUGAUCUGUGCCUGCGUUGAGGGAAAGUGGGGGUAAAUGCGUCAGAAGGAGUGGUACAUACGGUACAACCUAGUAAGCUCUUUCACACUUCCGUGUGCGUAUUUACAGCGAAAGGAAUAGUGGGCAGUAUGCCUAAGGUAAAGGCCUCUGACUUGUAAUAAAAAGUUCUACUUCGUUUGCAUAAUCAAGGAUAACAUGUAAUUAUACAGUGGUGUAUGAUGGGCAUUACAAAGCUUAGUAAAGGUAAACAUUAUGGCAUAAAUCAUGCGAAUCAGAGUCAUAUGUUAGCUAGCGUCUUCUUUGCUAAGAUAAAGCCUUUAUGCUUUGAACAACUUUUUGAACAACUAUUUGGGUAGGCAAAAAUAUCAUUUGAGACAAUUCAUGCAAAUGAGGACCUUGCUUGCAUAUCUAAUAAGAAAUAUUUAUAAUACUUUACUCGAAAAGGUUGAUAUCAUUUUUGCGUUACUGAUCUGCUGGUAGCCAUGACGUUUCGUUAUACAUGUUAGUAGCGACAUCUUGCGGAAAUGCAAAAUAUUUUAACUCCGGGUCUUCUACAUGUACUCGUAAAUAAGUCAUAAGAAUCACGCGGUAAAUCGCUAGAAUAACAGGGCUCUUUUUGUUAGAUUCGAUAUGGAUGUACUAUUUCACCUUAUUGGUAAUUGUAAUACUGAAAUCUUGAAGGGGUAAUAUGAUGCCGGGUGGUUAAAAAUACAUGAUUUCUGGAUUAAACUGUAAAUUUUGAUGCAGUAAAUACAAUGCAUCCAGAUU